AGGUUACGCUCGCUCAUGCGCAGUUGGGCCAGAGUAAUUUGUUGAUAUCCUAUUCACUAGUAUUCAUUUAGACAUUCGUAUUCUAUAGUCAGCUUUAUCCACAGCGCGGGAGUUUAAUUUACAGCAGGAAGCAGAGCUAAGAUAAAUGUUUUCUAUAUGAGGGGCUGAUGGAAGACGCACGGGAUUUGGCUGAGCGCACUGCACGUUCAGAGCGGAAGCGCCGGGACUCAUUCGGGAUGUUUGAUGGCUACGACAGCUGCAGCGAGGAGUCCACCAGCAGCUCCAGCUCAGAGGACAGUGAGGAUGACGUUGUGCGCUCCAUCCCAGCCAGCCUGCCCAUCAUCAAGAACAAUGGACAAGUCUACACCUACCCUGAUGGCAAAGCUGGAAUGGCUACAUGUGAGAUGUGUGGAAUGGUUGGUGUUCGAGACGCUUUUUAUUCCAAAACCAAGCGCUUCUGCAGCGUUUCCUGCUCCAGGAGUUAUUCCUCAAAUUCAAAAAAAGCUAGCAUUCUCGCACGACUUCAGGGCAAGCCUCCGACAAAGAAGGCUAAAGUCUUGCAGAAACAGCCUCUUAUGGCAAAGUUGGCAGCUUAUGCCCAGUACCAAGCAAGCCAACAGAACCAAGCCAAGUCUAAAUCUGUCGUUCCUCCAGAGAGCUUCGACUGGGGAAGGUAUAUCUGCAGCAGUAACACGGUGGGAGCUCCCGUCAGCUGUUUUAAGCAUGCCCCUAUGGGGACAUGCUGGGGAGACAUAGAGGAAGGAGUGAGGAUUGAAGUGCCCAACUCUGACACCAACCUCUCCACUAAGGUCUACUGGAUUGCAGAAAUUAUAAAGCUAGCAGGGUUCAAGGCACUGCUGAGGUAUGAGGGCUUUGACAACGACACCAGCAAAGACUUCUGGUGUAACCUGUGCAUCCCUGAGGUGCAUCCAGUAGGCUGGUGCGCCUCCAGCAACAAACCACUCGUACCUCCAAAAAGCAUACAGCAUAAAUACUCUAACUGGAAACCCAUUCUUGUGAAGCGUCUCACUGGAGCCAAAACACUGCCAAUGGACUUUACUGCCAAGGUCCGUGAAAACAUGCAAUUCCCAUUUAAGAAGCUGAUGCGGGUGGAGGUGGUGGAUAAGAACUACCUGUGCCGGACACGGGUGGCUCUGGUGGAGCAGGUGAUCGGAGGACGCCUCAGGCUGGUCUAUGAGGACGACGGCCUGGAUGACUUCUGGUGCCACAUGUACAGCCCUCUGAUCCACAACAUCGGCUGGUCACGCAGCAUCGGACACCGCUUCAAACGAUCUGAUGUCACAAAGAAAGCUGAAGGACAGGUCGAUGCCCCCGCACAACUCUUUCAGAAGGUAAAAGACGUUGACCAGAGUGAGGAAUGGUUCAAAGAUGGGAUGAAAUUAGAAGCUAUAGAUCCCCUCAACCUCUCUGCUAUCUGUGUAGCCACGGUAAAAAAGGUGCUGGCAGAUGGUUACCUCAUGAUUGGUAUCGAUGGCUCUGAGGCCAUCGACGGAUCAGACUGGUUCUGCUACCACGCCAUGUCUCCCUCCAUCUUCCCUGUCGGCUUUUGUGAAAUCAACAACAUUGAACUCACGCCUCCAAAAGGGUACACUAAGCUGCCAUUUAAAUGGUUUGACUACCUCAGAGAAACAGGCUCAAUAGCUGCACCUGUCAAACUUUUUAACAAGGAGGUUCCCAAUCACGGUUUCCGGAUAGGCAUGAAGCUGGAAGCUGUAGACUUGAUGGAGCCACGGCUGGUGUGUGUUGCCACGGUGACGAGAAUUGUGCACCGGCUGCUAAGGAUCCACUUUGAUGGCUGGGAAGACGAGUAUGACCAGUGGGUGGACUGUGAGUCACCAGACCUCUACCCAGUGGGCUGGUGUCAGCUGACAGGCUACCAGCUCCAACCACCUGCCUCACAAAGUAACAGAGACACGCCUCUGUCUGUGCCCAAGCAGAAGAAGAAGACCCCUCAGUACAAAGGACAGAAGAAAAAGAGGAAGAUUCCGGUUGGUCGACGGCCCUUCAGUCAGUCAGGCAGGAGGAGGAGCAGCUUCUCAGGAGACGAAGAGCAGAGCCCGCCCAUUUACUGUAUCCAGGGGCCCGCUCGGCCCCGAGCACACCUGCACCCCAUCCACAAAUCAGAGUCUCUGCUGCGGAUGAAGGAGGACCCGGCCGACGGGGACGAGUUCACCUUCACCCAGGGAACCUCGGACCAAGAGAGCAACGGCUCGGGCAGCUACUACAUCAAACAGGAGCCAUGAGGGGGCCCCCGACAGGAAGCAGACGGGGCCCCAGCAGGAAGAGACAAAAUGGAUCUGGAAGCCUAUCGGACCGGCUCCAGGAUUACUGAGAAACCCAAACGGGAACAUGUCUGAGCUGCUGCUGCCCGGCAGCUGUGGGUACCAGAGCUCUGGGCUCCAACCCGACCCGACCCACAGACUCACUGAGCAGCUGUCACUGAGCCAGGGCUUCAGUUGUUGUUGCUUUGGUUGGUUUUUGGUUUUUGGCAGACGACAGAGACCUUUCCUUUGGAGCAGUACGGAGAGGCGGGGUUUGGUUUGUUUAUAGUACUUGAAGAUUUGAUUUUCUACUAUUUUUGGGGUUGUUCUUUUUUUUUGUGUUGUUUUGUUGCAUUAACUUCUUCAGUGGCUGUGUGGGAAAUGUAACUUGUUGUUCCUUAAUUUUUUUUAAUUUUUUUUUUUUUUUUUUACUCAGAGGUCUGUGGAAUCCAGGUUCCAGAUGUACAUAAAACAGAUUAGUAGAGGUCCAGUGCAGCUCAGCAUUACUCUUCAGCUUUUUGUGUUUCCAGCUCAGCGUUGUUCCACAGAGCGCAGCGUGUAAAUCUCUUCCAGCUUGUAGAUUUCUGAUCAAAGUUUAGCCAGUUUCAGUCCCAGCAGCUUCCCCUCAACAAAACCUCUUCCUUUCAUUCGUAAGACAAACGCUGGUUUCCCAUGACAACCAGCUUGUCGGUAGGACGUCAACAAAAGCUGAGGGAAACUUUUUGGUUGAAGGUCCUCAAAAUGUUCUGAAUCCCCAAAAACCCUUCAGCUCAUUCCAUUGUGUUUCCAAUGUGUUGUUGCCAACUCUGCAUGAUGUUUCCAUGGGAACAGGCUGCCAGCCGCCCUCCCUCAGUCUGAUGCUGACGGUCUUAGUAGCGGCAGCAGUGUGAUCAGACCGGAACGGAACGUGUUUGGGGGGGAGCUGCGCUGCUCCUGUGGAGUCGGCUCAUUUACUGUUUAUUUACUGAUUAAACACUGAAUGCGCUCUACUGAGGAACCUUUCCGCUCAGGCCGGAACGAUCCCGCAGCCCUCUAAAGAAGCUGUUUUCAUUAUGAUCAUUAUUAAUAUCUGGGUAAUAUUUAGUGUUUUGUUUUGUUUUUUUCUGUGCUCCUGUGUGUGAGAUCUGAGCCACAGAAUGACAUGAUGCACUGCUUCCCCUGCAGUCCAGGCCACAGGCAGGAACACACAGAGUUCCACUUCCACAUUCAUACAGUCUACACAGAUAUAUAAAUAUAAAUAUAUAUAUACAUAGUAAGAUGGGACUUGUUGGGUUGUUUAAGCUAGACCUUAGCAGCUGUUUAUCUUCUACCUCGUGAUGCUGACAGCUAACAGAUCAACCACAGGAUGAGUUGGAUGAUGGCAGCCAUAUGCAAACACAUCCUGAUCCCUUAGUGAUCCACACCAAACGCAUCCAUUCCUUCUUCUGCAUACCAGGUCGUCUCAUGUCAAUGUUAUGCAAUACCAGAGCUUAUAUUGUUUGGUUAUAUGAAAUAAAAUGUAUCCCAGCUGGAGCCUCUCAGAUCAUUAUAGAGAUGUAAGGAAUAGAUUGUCUUAACAGAAGCUUCUAACUGUGAUUAUUCAGGGGUUUCCAAGUAAUCGGUGCCGGAUGGAGAUGCAGGGCAGAUGGUAGAAGGUCCAGACGUAGGCUCAGAGUCACUUCUCAGGAUGUGUUCCUUUAGCUGCAGCUGUAGCUGCAGUUUUGGACCAGGGUGGUGGUGGUGGUGGUGGGUGGGGGAGGAGGGGUUCAGGAUCUGCAGGGUUUUGGGAACUUAAAUCGUUUUCAUAUUCACUAUUCUUCUCUGGAGCCAAAGCAGUGAACCGAUGCGUCAGCCCCUCCACUGUCAGUUAAUCCAAGUCAAAUUCUCUUUCUGCUAAAUCUGACUAGAAUUCAGUUUUUUGUAUCAGUUACAGUUAUGUUAGCAGUAGGGUGCACCGAUUGCAGUUUUCUGGUCGAUCAUGGAUAUUUAAGAAGCCUGACUUGUUGAGUCAGUUUUUGGCAUAAAUACCAAUUUCAAAUUAUUUUUUGUCUCUUUUCUGGAAAGUAGCUCAGUUAGCAACAGUGUGGUGUUGCUAACUGAGCAUGUGCAGACAUGACCUGUGCAGAGGAUGAAGUUGACAGUGGCUCACUUUCAGAUUUUGGUCGUAGUUAUGAUCCAUUUGUCAUGUAGAUAUGAAUGAAGGGCAGGUCUGAGCCAUCGGUGCACCUGCACUUAGCAACUUUUACUCUUUUUGUCAUUAGUGUGGACAAUAUUUGACUUCUGUGAUCUAAAUGUUAUUCAGAUAGAAGAGCAUGUUUGUGAAUUUGAGGGAGAAGCAACAUCAUCAAAUCUGGUUCGACACAAUCACAACCUAAUGACUGUUAAUCACAUUUAAGAUGAACUUUAGAACCAAGACAAGCUUGGAGUUUGUUUACUGAACCUUUCUCUGUUUUUAGUUAAGAAAAAAAAACACACAACCAGAUGCAAUGACCCAUCUACACUUUCAGCAAUAAUUUAAAGAGGUUGUAAUGAUUCCAAAUGAUUUUAUGGUUUAAUAUUUAUUAAAGGAGAUCACCUCCUUUAAGACUUGUGAUAACAGAAUGCGCUGGAGUCACGGUUGGAUUUGGUUAGGAAACUUUCUGCCUCAGGUCUGCCGACCCUGGAGGAUCUGUGGUUUCCUGAUGCAGCUCAUGUGAAACAGCUUUUAAAUGAGCAAUAAAAGAAAAGAGUGUGAAUCGCUGCACGUUAGUUCUGAUUGAGGUAGGAUGAAAGCAUUAAUGUUUUGGUCCCAAAAGCUGCUGCUGCUAAAGUAGGAGGAGAAAAGAACAUCACUGUUAGAUCUAGGAAAUGAUUCUUGUAGAUAAGUCAACGCUCCGGUCUUAGCCCGACCCUGCUGUUCAUGGUCAGCCGUGCAGGACGACGACGUGGAAGUGAUGAUUUUGAACUCAUUUGCAUAAGGUUUUGUACAGACGUGCUGAGCUGCAGCCCCCCUGCUCCCUCCCGGACACACCGUCCCUGUCCAGGGUUCUAGAUGUUGUUGGUCGUCCUCCAGUCGGUGUCUGGUCAGGAGCAUCUGGAAGUCCAACCCCACCAAAAACUGACAACUGUUUUUGGAAAUGGGAAGCUCAGGCCUGCUUUUCUGCAGUUUAAAGGUUUCAUUGAAAUGUUUUGAAAUUAGAAGCUAAAUUUUGAACAAGAAAGUCAACUGCAAAUGAGUUUUUGACAGAUUUCUACAGAACCGGUAACGACUGACUGUUUAUAGGUGAUUGACUCUCUCUUGGUGUUGAUGGGUUUCCCUUGAACUCGUCCCUGGUGGUCCUCCCUGCCCCACUCCCCCUCCAGAUACUAACACGGGUCUUUUGUAUGUAAUAGCCCUCAAAUAAAAUCAUGAUAUAGUGGUGCUAUAUAUAAAUAUAUAUAAAUAAAUAUAUAUUUAUAUUUGAUAAGAAUGACAUAUUGUCUUGUUACUGUCAGAAGAUAAUUGUGUGUUCAGAUUAUGGUUUAUGGGGUAAAAAAAAAA